AAGACCACCGCCAAGGUGGUUGUUGAUCUUACUGUUGAUCAUAGCCGAUAGCAAGUAUGCAAUCCUCCGUAACGGCUGCAAGAGGCGUUUCACGGCAGCGGAGAUGGCUUGCUUCGAAAACGACAACAACAACGAACAACAAGACUAGCCUUGUACGACCGCACAACAGAAUGUCUCCAUCGACAUAUAGCCUGGGCGCUGCUUCGGCAAUCCCCAUAUCCGUACGCGCCUUAAAUGGGUUACCGAAUUCAAUCUUUCGAUUCGAUACAGGUCAUUUGGCUCAUCGUUGCUUUUCAGCAGUAUCUGCGUCUUCGACCAACUCGAAACUACGCAGUCUCGUCAAGCCGUUUCUCUUAAAGUGCCAUCCGGAUGUUCAGACCUCGGAUGACGCGAAGCAGAUUAACCUCAGAGCGGUUCAGAAUCUAAAUAGUUAUUUGGAUUCCAUACGGGUGAUUUCCGACGGAAAAAUGCUGAGAAAGCCGGAGUCAUCGAUCUUCGAAGUAGACUUUUUGAUUCAGCGCGAUGCAAAAGUAACGAGAAAGAAAAUCCGCAGUGUAUCUAGUCGAAAGUGUGUUGAGUUGCAGCUUCCGUCGUGGCGUUUGGUUCGGUCCUGUUCUACUGCUGUCAAAACUGCCGCGGACUCCCAGCAAGGUUUUGGGUCUGCGCCUGCUAUUGCUCGACAACAGGUAGAACACCAUGCGGAGCUCGAAAUUGCUAAGCUAUUGAAAGUAGCGGGUCUUACAGUUCCAAAUGACAUUGCCCUUGUUUCCCCUGAUGAUAUGAACGGAAAUAGGGAAAGCUUAGGCUCUGACGACGAAUCACAGAUGGAGCCUUCAUCUACUCGUCCCCAUGCCUUUCAUGGGAUGCCUUCUUCCCGUAUUCGACUCAGUCGCUACGAACAAACUAGAGAGGUCUAUCCUAGUCGUAUUGAUUGGAAAAAAUACAAUCAAAUCUAUAAGGAAGCCGUGGCAGACAUGCACGCCGAUAUUGCGACAGAAUGUUUAAUUGCCAAGCACCCGGGAAGGCGACGAAAACACAUUGCAAGCAUUCUGUCACGUGUGCGUCUGUCGGCAAAUAUCUCUGUCGUUGAGCAAGUUAUUGCGUUUCGGCGGCUGUCGCUUUUGUUAGAUGAGAAUUUCAAUGAUUUGUGCUUGGAGGACUUUGGACAUCUUUGGGAGAAAAUGCUUCUGGUUUUGACUCCCUCUCGGGACUACAAUAGCAGUAGCUCGGCGCGAUAUAAGCGACUACAACGGCAAGGAGACAGCGGCUUCUUGUUUACCGUCCAUCCAGACAAUAAUGUUACCAUCCACAUUCCCAUUGACUUCGAUGACAGCGAAUUGAUUCAAGAAUUGGAGCAAAAUGUGUGGUCUUUUUACGAGCUAACUGGUGAUGGCUUGGAUGAAAUAUUUCCUGACGGAAUGACCUGGAACAAUACGUUUUAA